AAGAUAUCAAAAUAAGAUUUGGAACUUGUAUGAAUUAAAAAUAUAAAAUUAAAAAUAAUGCGUUAUAUUUCGUAUAUCAGUAUAAGCUAUAUAUCCGUUUGAAAUACUAAUGUGAACAUCAAGUGAACAUAAUGAGAACAUCAAGACACAACAUUUUGAUAAUCAAUAAAGGAGUGGUACAGGUUGAUACGACAUACAUAGGUGAUCAGUUAACUAUAGAUACACCCUGAGUCUGAGGUUAUUUUCUGUAAACUGGCUGGCAGAAUUCAUCAUGCUAACAUGUACAUUGAAAAUCAUAUGGAUGUCCUGGGAAUGGGCAGAAGGCAACUGCAACCAUGGAGUACAGUGGGAGUUUCAACACCUUACAUGGAACCAAUAAUUCCAAUUCGUAUAGGUGAUUACACCCGUACACAUAACUUAUUGCCGUGGAGACCAAAUGUAGGAUUUGAAAAUACGAAAGUUAUUCCCUUCAGGGCUACAAAGUCGAAUUAUGCGUUAGAUGUAAACGGUAAGAUGGCCACACGACCAUUAAAAUUUCCAAACCUAAUAACGGGUUAUCAACGUAAUCCUAUUCACGCAUCACAAGCCGCCCUUUACACGAGAUACACACCGCAUGAGUGGUUUCAGAAGCAAGUGAAAUAUUACAAUGAGGCAGACUCGCAAAGACAUUAUUCUGAAAGGAUGCGAGGUGACGCUUUGAGAAUUAUCAGAGAUGCUGAAGAGAAGAUACAACGUGGUCAGUAUGAUACUAGUAGAAGACUUGGUGAAAGAAUUAGUGAUGUUACUUUUUGGCGUAAUGAAGUGUCAUCGGAACUGGAGAGAAUGCUUCAUGAAAUUGAGAGGCUUCAGGAUUGUAAAAGUGUCUUGGAAAAGGCAAUGCGAGAUAUUGAAGGACCUUUACAUAUUGCCGAGGAAUGUCUUUACCACAGAGAGGCUAGAAAAGGGACAGAAUUAGUGCAUGACGACUCGGAAAAAUGUUUGUUGCGAGAAGUGGAAAAUCUGCGAACAAACCAGAAAAAACUGGAAACUUGUUUGGACAGAUGUAAAGAUCAGUUACGAAAUUGCAGAGCCUCACAGAAUCAAUUAGAACUGGAUUUAAAGAACAAGGAAAGCGCUUUAGGUAUAGACAUCGUUUGCCAUCAGUUGCACAAUCAGAGUCACGGAUUGCAAUAUUACUCGGGAAUUGAAAAAUAUGAUCCAUGUGUCUCGGAGCAAGAAACCUGGGCAGAUGCGGUGAAUAAAAUAGUCCAAAGGUCUCAAACGGAACGCAACAAGUCGUGUCAAUUACGUACCACUGCCGAGAGUCUUAUCAAUAAAGUUUCUCAAGAAAUGUGGAAUACUUGGAGCAGCACUAACAAUGCUUUAGCACAUAGAUCUUCCGAAUUACUUGAGGCUAAGAGCAAGCUUCAACAACAUUUACAAAAGGUGCAACAAGAGAUAUACGAUGUAGAAAAGAAUUUGGAAUUAAUGCGUAAAGCUAUUGCGGACAAAAGUCACGCAACUAAAGUCGCACACACGAGAAUGGAAGCGAGACUACAUCGGCCCGACAUAGAACUGUGUCGUGAUUAUGCUUAUGCAAAUCUUCAGAAAGAGAUCGAUGAGAUAAAUCAUCAACUCGAACGAAUGCACAAAACGCUGAAAGAACUUGAAAAUCAACAUCAGAAAUUGUUAAGAACUCGAACCAUGUUGGAGCACGAUCUCGCGCUUAAAAUAGAUGCGAUAUAUAUCGACAGGGAAAAAGUUUGCGGUCUUAGACGCGCAUAUCCUGUUAAUGCACUAUUUAGAUUUUAAAAGUACAGUUAUUUUUUGUUAAUAUCAUAGAUUUUUUUGUAAUAUUAUAAGUAUAUAUUCGAAUACUGCCAUUUAUAUUUAUGAGAAUGUUUAUGCAAUGUUAUUGCAAUA